ACCCCCAACCGUGAAGACAUCAAACAAAGUGUGGCACUCCGUUCUGCUCAGAGUGGGCUGAGAAUAACUCCCAAGCAUUUAUCAGCUGAUGCUCUGCCCAGACUCAUGGUCUAAUUAUUCGAUACCUACCAAUUGCGCCAAUGGAAGGCACCCCGCGCUUGCGAUCUGCCUAUCCUACUUCCCCCGUCUCUAGCUGGGGCCGUGUCAAGCCAAAUGAACCAGCUACAGCUUCGCGGGACUCUGACCACUCGGGCUCUCGUGGCACCACAUCGAAGUUGCCGGUCAUGCCGCAGACCUUGAAAUCGAGCGAGGAGGCGCACCCUCCUCUGAUACCGUUUGAAGUAAUAGAUGCUCCUUCCCAAAGGCUCUACGUGCUGGCUGCAUAUGGCGGAAUAACAGCUUGGAGGCUCUACGACUUCUGGAAGUUAAUGACGGACGAGGCGGACCCGCUUUGGCUAUUUAUGAAAUGGGUCCUCGUAGACGGCGCUUUCCUCUAUGGACUGCCUGGCCUACGAAUACCAUGGCUUGAGUGGUCAUUCUCUACGAUUACCGUUUUGUUCAUUCUUCAUGCACUUCUCGAUGGCUUAUUAAUGUUUCGUGUACCGAUCCCGCUCCAGACUUGGCUUGCAGCUGGAGUAAAAGUACUUUACGAUAGAGAGCUAUCUAUUUCUGAGAAUAGGGUGAAACCUGCGGAUAUACUUCAUAAUGCGUCGUUGAUUUUGGGAAAACAAAUCAUCCACAUAUUACCCGAAGGUUCUGCCGUCCUAAAUCCUCAACAGCAAUCCUUCUGUCUUGGUUCUGGUAGAAACUCUGUCAGCCUUCCGAUUCGAAUCAACCAAACAACCCCCAUUUUGAUGGAACUGCUACGGUUUGACCUCGACGCGCAGCACAACGAGACAAUAAAACUUUCUGCAGGGCAGCUCAAGACCAUGAAGAGACAGGCUGAGAAGAAACGCGCGAAGAACGAUCAACACGGGUCUUUAUAUCUCGACUUUCCUGUGAAGAAAACAGGAUUAUACCGGCUUCAAAAGGUCGUAGACGAGUCAAAGCUUGAAGUGCAAAGAAGGCACUCUGACACUCUCGUCGUGACAUGUCCCAAAGCUUUUGUGCGACCUACCGGACUGGACAAAUGUAAAGGGCAACUCUCCGACUUUUCGCUAGAGGUUGAAGGAACGCCUCCACUGAAAAUAAAGUAUAGUCGAACGGUUAACAAAGCAGACCGAGGGUUCUCGUUCCAGAGCAUCCAGCCUGAGAAUCUCGUGUCGCCACUCAUUCGACAGAGGACAGGAGGUUUACUAGUGCCUGUCAAUAAUGUCGACGCUUCUUGGGCUCGUCCUCAUAGAAUCAGCGUUCCUCUGAAUGAGUCUCUAAGCACGAGUGGUGAAUGGCUCUAUUCAAUUGAAGAGGUACAUGAUGCUUGCGGAAACAUUGCAAAUUACACUCAAGAACGAGAAGAAUGGGAAUCUUCCACCAAGGGAACCCAUCUCGAGCAAUUGUUUCGUGUGCACGAAAAGCCAAAGGCAGCUUUGGAUGGUCGCGACCAACAACAUCCUCUUCGCGUCGCAAAGGGUGAAUCAGCUCAUUUCCCGAUCCAUCUCGUGUCCCCUUAUAGUACCACAUCGGAGUCGACUUUUACCUUUACCUAUCUCUUCACCCCUGCAGAGAAAUUGCAACCCGAUGGCGAGCAUUCCCCAGAAGCUUCGAUGCACGAGGUUCGGAUACAAAAUGGCCAGCAACUUUCUGAGAUUGAGACACCCGGACUCUAUAGCUUAAGGUCGAUCUCAAGUCAAUACUGUAGCGGCGAGGUCUUUGAACCUACGACGUUUCUGCUUCUCAAUCCGCCAGAGCCUGACUUGUCGAUUACUUCGGACAACAUUUACGAUAAAUGUGCAGGAAAUCCUAUAGGUCUCUUGGUAGAUCUAGACCUUAUAGGAACUCCGCCAUUCACUGUACUUUACGAGAUUCAACGUACAGGCGAGAAGCAAACACAAGUAAGAUUUGAAAGGAUCGAUCGUCUUCGUGGACAAAUCGAACUACGACCUCAAGAAGCUGGACAUUACACUUAUCAUUUCCGUGAGAUAAGCGACGCAGUCUACAAGGGACAGUCUUUAAGAUCAAAAAAUUUGGUGUUAGAGCAAGACGUAAAACCUCCAGCUUCUGCUCAUUUUGUCGGUGGUCCGACCAGGAAACAAGCAUGCAUUGAUGAGCCGGCUUCUUUCGAGAUCAGGCUGCAGGGCGAGAGUCCAUGGACUCUUGAUUACGAAGUUGUCCAUGGAGGAAAGAGAAGCAAGCAAAAGAUCAAAGGAAUAGAAACCGAUAAUUUCGUGAUUACAACAGACAAGCUGACCGAUGGGGGCGAUUAUUCGGUUACAUUAACUUCGGUGACCGACAAAUCUGGCUGCAAGAUUGGCUUAGCUCAGGAAGCGAAGAUUCAAGUUCGUCAUCAGAGACCGAAGGCCGCCUUCGGGCAGAUAGAGGGGAAGCGCGGAUCUCUGAUGCUUGAAGGAAAACGGAUGGGUCUUCCGAUUCGGCUGGCCGGCGAGGCACCAUGGACGAUCAAAUAUAGGAAUACCGACUCUGCCACCCCUGAAAUAUGGGAGAAAAGCCUUUCCUACAGCAAUGAUAUCAUUGACAUCACGGACCAGGGCACGUACGAAAUCCUUGACGUGAGAGACGCUAUUUGUCCAGGAUCUGUGGAUGCGAAUGCUCGAUUUUUUGAGGUAUCCUGGAUACCACGCCCUCAAGUUAACGUCACAGAAACUCCGGCCAUUGCACGUCAUGGAGACAUAUAUGUCCAGAAUGAUGUAUGCGAAGGCGAUGACGACGCCAUAGAGCUCCUUUUGCAAGGGACGCCGCCAUAUCAUGUAAAGUAUGAUCAGAGAUUGACUCCCCAACAUGGUCCAGCGUCUUUGACAUCUCGAGACUUUACCGCGGGCCUUGGUGUAGCCUCUAUCCGGAUGGAAACCAUGCAGCCUGGCAUUUAUGAGUACAAAUUCAAUGAGCUCAGCGACUACCUCUACGACCACGACCCCAAAAAGUAUCAGCCUCUGAUCGUUCGACAAAAGGUUCUGGAGAAGCCGUCUGCCAAGUUUACAAACCCCGGCAAAACGUAUAAAUUCUGCAAGGAGGCAGAAUUUGGCGACGAUAUAAUUCCGAUAACAUUUAGCGGCGCUGCUCCUUUCAGCGCAGAAAUCCGGAUUAAACAUCAUAGUAAUCCAAAGCCUGAGAUCAUCAACAUUGCGAACAUCAAUUCCAACCAUUACGAGUUCAGAAUACCACACCGCUUGCUGGCGCUGGGGAACCACGUCGUUACGGUCCAUAAGGUGCGAGACUCACGUGGUUGCCAGCGUAUCACGGAGCAGGAUGCUCCCUACGUCCAGGUUAUAGUGGCGGAUGUGCCUUCCAUUUCUCCGUUGGACUCGCAAGCAGACUUCUGUGUCGGUGAACGCAUUUCCUACACCCUUUCGGGAACACCUCCUUUCGGAAUCUUCUACAAUUUUGAAGGGCUGGAUCGAAAAGCGACAUCUGGCUCGACUACAUUCCGCCGCAUUGCAGAAAAGCCCGGCAAUUUUACAAUCUAUGCCGUCACCGAUGGAAUGCAUGAGUGCAAGGCGAAGACACAAAUUACCAGGAUGAUUCAUGGAAUGCCAAGUGUCAAGAUAUCCAAGGGUCAAGAGAGUGUGAUCGACAUACAUGAAGGUGGGGAAGCGGAGAUUAUCUUCGACUUCUGGGGCACGCCGCCGUUUGAAUUCACAUAUACCCGAAGCACAAAUGCGGUGAAGGGAAGGAAAUCGCAGGUUUUGGAGACCAAGCAUGACAUUUCAUAUGAACACACGAAAGUUAUUCGCGCGUCAGAGGAAGGAACAUACGAGGUCAUUGCUAUAAAGGACAGAUUCUGCGCCUUCUCUACCCAGAGAGCAGAGGGUAGAACUGGGCAGAAAUUACUUCAGUGAUUAUCGUAAUCUCCACAUGGGGGUUGUGAAUCGGUGUAGCGGAAUAUUAAUACAUCUCUCGCGUUAGAAAGGAUGCUUUUGUGGAAAAGUUCAUGCAUUUCAUUUUAGGCUGGAGUUUAAUUAUAGCAUCUCAAUAGAUUCGAUUUUCGUGAUUGAAAAGCUCUGGUUAUCAACAGCGCCUGGCUUCGAUAUCCAAUAUUAGCUCGCCACCUA